UAAUGCACACGAAAGUAGAAAGUAUAGAACAUGAUUUGAUCCGAUUUUGAUUACUUCUAAAAUCAGAAAUAUAUAACAGUUAAUUAUACAUAAUGAAGCUAUUAUAUACAUAAACAUUACCGUUAUCAGCAUCUCGCGUUUUCUCUCCCUCUGGAUCGAGAAAAAUCUGCGAUCCAUUCUUCUCUCCAAUAUCCAGAUCGAGAACCCCAAAACAUCAAGGGUUUGUAAGGAACCUGACGGGAUAUACUGGUGAAUGAUAUGGAGUGUUCUAGAGGGUGAAGAUCAAGAGCCAUUUGAGGAUGUUGAUAGAGGUUUCGAUGAAGGGUUUAAGGAAGCAAAGGAUCAGAUGGAGAAACGCGUUUCUUCUUGGUUCUAUAAUGACCACCAUUGUUGUUUUGCUUCACACACCCACGUUUUCAAUCUUCACCGACGAAGAAGAAACCGAGUCUUCUUCUUCUUUGCCUAUUUACUUGAACGGUUCUCUUCAUUUGAAUAUCCAAAUUGUUAGUGAAGCAAAGGUUGAAAGCUUUCCUGCUCUUACAACAACUCCUGUGAUAGAAUUGAAUUCUUCUGAAUGGUUCAGCAAAGGAAGAGUUGUAGAACAAGAAACCAAAAUCGAUCUUCAGAGGAAAAUGCGAAAAAGGAGCAAAAGAAAGAAGACAAAAGACGAGCUUAUACUCCCGGAUCCUCCACCAGUACCACGGCAUGUUCUUUCUUCCUCAGAGAGACAUGCUAUUUCCUUGUCACCAAAGGAAGCUUUAGGUUUUGCAAAACUAGAGAUUCAACGAGCCCCUGAUGUCGUUAAUGACACGGAACUGUUUGCUCCCGUGUUUCGCAACCUCUCUGUUUUCAAAAGGAGUUAUGAGCUUAUGGAACUAAUACUAAAGGUCUACAUAUACCCUGACGGAGAGAAACCAAUAUUCCACCAACCGCAUUUGAACGGUAUAUACGCUUCAGAAGGUUGGUUCAUGAAGUUAAUGGAGUCAAACACACAGUUUGUCACAAAGAACCCUGAGAAGGCCCACCUGUUUUACAUGCCAUACAGUGUGAAACAGCUUCAGAAUGCUAUCUUUGUCCCCGGAUCACAUAACAUCAAACCUUUAUCGAUCUUUCUUAGAGACUAUGUCAACAUGCUCUCCAUCAAGUACCCUUAUUGGAACCGCACUCAUGGAUCAGAUCAUUCCCUCGUCGCUUGCCACGAUUGGGGUCCUUACACAGUGAACGAGCACCUGGAGCUAACAGAUUUAUCAGACGGAAUCUUCGUCCCCGGAAAAGACGUUUCUCUACCGGAAACUUCCAUAAGAAACGCCGGGAAGCCACUCCGCUACAUCGGAAAUGGAAACAGAGUUUCUCAACGUCCGAUCCUCGCCUUCUUCGCCGGAAAACUCCACGGUCGUGUCCGUCCACAGCUUCUAAAACACUGGAGAAACAAAGACGUGGACAUGAAAAUAUACGGCCCGCUUCCACACAACGUAGCUCGUAAAAUGACUUACGUGCAGCACAUGAAGUCGAGCAAGUACUGUCUAUGUCCAAUGGGUUACGAAGUGAACAGUCCACGCAUCGUUGAGGCUAUAUACUACGAGUGCGUACCCGUAAUCAUCGCUGAUAACUUCGUUUUGCCGUUCGGUGAGUUGCUUGAUUGGUCUGCGUUCUCGGUGGUUGUGCCGGAGAAGGAGAUUCCACGGCUUAAGGAGAUACUGUUGGAGAUCCCGAUGAGGAGAUAUGUGAAGAUGCAGAUGAACGUGAAGAUGGUUCAGAGACAUUUCUUGUGGAGCACUAAACCUAGAAGGUACGAUGUGUUUCAUAUGAUACUUCACUCCAUUUGGUUCAACCUUGUAAAUCAGAACCAAACUUCUUCUGAUCAUGUUCCUGAUUCCUGACAUCGUCCUUAAUUAUGUCUGUACAUAAAGAAAAGAUUUGCAUAAAUUCAAAGUGUAACAUCCCGAAUUGUGAUAUACGAAAAGGCUUAAGAGAAUUGAUUUGGCUACCUAUGUCACCAAAGUUGAUUUACCUUUUCUGGAACACAUCCUGAAAGAACUCCAGAGUUAAGCGUGCUUGAGCUGGAGUAGUGGAAGGAUGGGUGACCUAUUG